UAUUUCCCGUUAAUCUUAAUUGUAUCAAAAUAUCAAUUGCUGACAUUCUUACUAGUGCAAAUGGUCCAAAUUCCGCAAUUUCGUAAGCAAAAACGUGUCUUAGGUGUUGACUAAAAAAUGCAGAUUACUAAUUUAAUUGGUCCCAGAGGGACACAAGGUAAUCCUAUUACCUGGGUUACAACUUACCUGAAGGAUAGCCCAGAGAAAUGCUUUUACUCUGGCUGGCAGUUGACGUUGAGAAUGCCAACAGUGUGGACAUUGGUGGUACUCCUUCUAUUCCUGGGAGUACUCGAGGCGCGUUUUGUUAGUGCAAAGUCCCGCGAAAAACCUUGUGGCCACGUGUCCACCUUUGUGCUGAUGGAAAUCUUAGGACCAGCUUUCAACUAUCGCUACAUGCGUCUGGAUACUCCGUCUGAGAUCGAUGAAGAUAUUGAGAUAGAUUUUAAGAGGGAUACACAAAAGAAAUAUGACUCCUUUUACGUCACAGAUCCUUAUACUCUAGAGAUUAGUAAUGAACCUGCGUGGAUGACGGACCCUGUCAAAUUUGUUCCAUCAGCAGUUCGGAAUCGUCGUGAUGUCAGUCCCCAGGAAGAAAACCGAACAAAACGAGCAUCAGAUAGGCCUAGUUGGUCCUGCGAAUCUCGUAUCCGAUGGCAAGAUCUCGGACCAGACUUUUUCCCGCGAUAUCUGCGCUCUGUUGAGUGCACCCAGACACAGUGCUAUUACGGUCAUUAUGACUGCCGGCCGCGAUUCUUCACCGUUCGCCUUCUCCGACGCCGGAAGGGUGAGUGUGCAGCGCUACAAGAUGCCUCCGUGGAUCUCUGGGUUUGGGAAGAACGUGCUGUUGCUAUGUGUUGUGACUGUGUGUCUCGAUCACGAUAUCCAUUGUGACCAUAAAGUAUGGAAAGAUGUUUAUUGUAAAUAUAUUCAUUAAUUUUAAUUGUUACAGUGGCAAAUUUGUACAUGAGGAAAUUUUUAUUAUUUUAAAUUUUGUGAUAAGAAAUAAAGAUGAACGCCGGAUAGUGUUAAAAUGUAAAGAAAUUUGAAUAACUAAGCACAGUCACAAUGCUAUUAGUCACAUUGUUGUGAGAUCAAUAAAUGCUCAAUUAAUUUGUUGUGCUGAAA